AUGGAGUCGUCGUCAUCAUCAUCCAAGCACAUGGUAUGUCUCUUGGAGAUCAAGUCUCCUAGGCCGGGAUGGGAGAAAUCCUUGGAAGAGUUGCUUAAGACCAUUAAAGAUGUGAAUUUCACGAUUGACAAGCAAAGUAGAACCAUAUACGUAUGUGGGAAAUUCGAUCCACAGAUAAUACUCGAGAAGAUUACAAAAGCAAAAGCAGGCAAAAAGGCUGAAAUUGUAUGGAGCUAUCAAAGAAGCAAAAAACCACCGGUGGGAAAUGAAAAUCAGAAAGACCAUUUGAUGGAACAAUCUCAUUCCUCGGGAUACAUAAAUGCAGCUCCUAAUGGUUUCUCGAGCUUUCGUCAACAGCAACAACAAUGGUACAAUCCUCCACCACACUGUGUGAAUCAAUUUCAACCGUAUCCUCAACCUUGUCCUCUUCCACCACCAUAUACACGUCAGCUUCAUCCACAGCCGUCGCUGCCAACACUACCGUACAUGUUUCACCAGAAUGAGCCGGCCGCUAAGGCUUUUCCGCCAACUCCACCUCCCCCUAAGAACUUUGCCAUGGGAGAUUUACAACCAGGAUGCAGCAUCAUGUGA